CAUGUGACCAGUGACGUCACAGACCUCGUUCUAACAACUCCACUCUAGCAUCUUACCCAAAUGGUAAUGGCGAUUAUAGGGAGCCGGAUUAUAUUAACUCUACUGGUUUUGACAGUAGGCGGCUUUCUUCGUGUCAGUCAGGCAGACGGAUCCGAGCCUUCUAUAUGGACUGUGCGGCUUUCUCCGAAUGACACAACAUUCACUUUUGGGAAGAUCCUUUUUCAUGAUUCUAUCAUCUAUAUAUCCUUUGAAGGUGGUCAGAAACCCUGCAGUAAUUUUAACAUCACUUGGUACUUGCGUCAUUGCAACUGCUACAAUGAAAUUUCUGCAUUUAAGAAAGAUAAUAUGUUCAAUUAUCUUGGCUCUGGUCCUUCCUUUACUAUACGUCCUGGGUGGACAGGCUCCUUCACCAGAAACUCAAACCAAAUUUCUUACUGUGAAAAUCCAACGAAACCUCAGAUACGAUGUAAGGAAAGCCUGCCACUUGUUGUAGAUGACAGCAGUCUUGAGAAAAAAGAUAAUGUGGCCACGCUUAAUACUACCGUAUGUCCUGCUACACAGGUACCAAAUGCAGCAGUGAAGACAUGGCAAGAUGGGCCAUACCUCUUUAUUAUACAAGUGAAUUUUUCAGCACCUUUAACACAGGACAGUGUUCCCAACACAAAGAACGAAGUGCCUGAAGUUUCCACUGUAUCUGCUAGUUCCACUGACUUGCCUUUGACCAUGAGAAUUGAAGUGAAAGGACCUUAUGAAUACUUAUCGCCUGCUGACUAUCCACGCAUGAUUUUCUUCAUGGUGAUGUGCAUUGUGUACGUCCUUUUUGGCGUCUUGUGGCUGGCCUGGUCUGCAUGUUAUUGGAGGGACUUGUUGAGAAUCCAGUUCUGGGUUGGUGCUGUGAUAUUGCUCGGCAUGCUGGAAAAAGCUGUAUUCUACGCAGAGUUCCAGAACAUCCGCUACUAUGGACAGUCUGUGCAAGGAGCAGUAAUCUUGGGAGAACUUUUCUCAGCAGUGAAGAGAUCUUUGGCGCGGAUACUUGUCAUUAUCGUCAGCCUGGGCUAUGGCAUUGUGAAACCUCGACUUGGAGCUACAUUGCACAAGGUGGUCAUGGCUGGAGCACUCUAUCUUCUUUUUUCCGGCAUGGAAGGUGUUCUACGUGUUACAGGACAUUACUUCUAUACCAUGGCAUUGAUAGCAAAUCUGAGCUUGUCAUUUAUCGAUGCCUGUAUUCUUUUUUGGAUCUUCAUAAGCCUAACUCAGACAAUGAAGCUACUGACGCUGCGAAGGAAUGUGGUCAAGCUGUCUUUGUACAGACACUUCACAAAUACCCUUAUCUUAGCAGUAGUAGCAUCAAUCAUUUUUAUUAUCUGGACCUCUAUGAAGUUCCGCCUUGUAGACUGUCAGUCGGAUUGGCAGGAGCUCUGGGUGGACGAUGCUAUCUGGCGCCUGCUGUUCUCCAUGAUCUUGUUUGUUAUAAUGGUCCUGUGGAGACCAUCUGCAAACAAUCAGAGGUUUGCGUUUUCACCACUUAAUGAAGAAGAUGAUGAUGAUGACGAUGAACAGAAAGAACCUAUGCUGAAAGAGAGCUUUGAGGGGAUGAAAAUGAGAAGUUCUAAGCCCGAAACUAAUGGAAAUGCUAAAGUUACUAAAGCUGAGGAAGAUUUGAAGUGGGUAGAAGAGAACAUUCCUUCAUCUGUUACUGAUGUGGCUCUCCCUGCAUUAUUGGAUUCAGAUGAGGAGAGGAUGAUCACACAUUUUGAAAGAUCUAAGAUGGAAUAAAGAAAUUGAAUGAAAUAUGGAAGCACCAGAUGGGAUGCACAAAGCAGUAUACUGAACAUCACAGAAUAGUUGCCCUGGUUGGAAUCUUGAAGGAAAAUAUUGAUUAUAAAGACUUCCCUUGGAACUAUUACUUUACACUUCAAAUCUUUCUUAUUUUAAAAAGUUCAAAGAAUUUACCCAACUGUAUAACAUUUGUCUAUACAAGCAGGAAGCUUGGAGCAAGAAAAAAAAGUUUUCACCUGAUAGCAUCUCCGAAACUCUGGUGUGGAAAAGAGUGCUUUGUACCAAACUGGAACAGACAGGUGUUUGCAGAACUUGCACUUUAGUUUCAUGUGUUCUGAUUUCCAUUUAAAAGAGAAAAAAGACUGGCAGCACAGUCUAUGUUUAGGUGGCUAGCUGAUUUGGGGUGAACAAUAUGUGGAAUAUUUGUACAUUUUAUUCUUUUGCAUUUUUAUGGGAUAUUCUGUUUACAAAAUUCAUGCUUACCAUAUUUAGUAUAACGGCUUUUCCAGCCUAAAGAAUCAGACCUGUUUUGCUCUUUACAUCUGUGUAUUUAAUGGGACUAUAAGAGCUUUUGCAUGACACUAUAAUGCAGCUCAGCAGCGUAAGAUAACACAGGUUAAAAAAAAGGCUGCUGUGACAUUUGUUUAUUGGUUUUGUCAGAGAAAGUGACCUUAUUACCAUAGCAGCCAGUAUCCAAAAACCGCCUUUUUUGCCCCAGUUAAAUAACUUCAUGGAAUUUUCCAGCUUUUUAAUAUUGAUGGCCUAUUCUUCAGAUAGGUCAUGAAAAUCAAAUUGGUGGGGGCUAGAAACAGAAGGCUAUGUUCACUGUGUGAAGAAAAAAAAGACCACUGUGAUAUAUGGGUACUGGUUUGAUUGACAUAGAAAGUGACCUUAUUACCCAUAGUAACAACAAUCCAACAACCACCUUUUAUUUUUUGCCACAGUUAACAAAAAAAAAAUAAUUUAAGGGUUUUUUCCAGCUUUUUUUAUAUUGUUGACCUAUUCUCCAGAUAGGUCAAAAAUAUAAGAUUGGUUGGGGCUGGAAGCAGAGGGUUCCAUCCACUCUGUAGGGACAAUUUGGGCGUACUGCAAUCCAGCUCCCAUUCACUUGAAGGAUAAUAGGAGGAAGGGUCAUCAAUUAGGAAAAAAAAAAGUGGAAAACCCUUGAAGUUUUACUCUGGUUGCUAUGAGCAAAAAUGCCACUUUUUGUCUGAGAGUUCAAACAUAUGAGGUCAAAUGUGUUCAUGUUCCAGAAUAUACUGUAUGUCAUGAAGUACAUUUUAGGCUUCAGCAAAUAUGCCCACGCAACUGAAAUUUCGCAUAAGAUGGUCUGUAGAAUUUUUUUCACAGUAGUUUACAUGGCACUAAAAUUAGAUUAUAACAAUUGGUGAACAACAUACUGUCAACCUACAACUGGAUAGGUAUGAUAUACAGGCACAUCAUGCACUGGAGUUUAUGAACUGUUUGGAGGCCAAAGACAAAUGUAAGCUGGCCUACAGUGCAAAUGGUUUUUACACAGAUCUUGAACAUUUUUGUCAUUUGCCAUUUUGAUUCAUGUAUUUGUGCUUUUGUCUUUUUUAUUGAUAUAAAAUAACUUAAACAUG